AUGAUUCGCAGUGUUAAGCCAAAGAAUGCACGUUCCAAAAGAGCGUUGGACAAGAAACAGCCAAAGAUAGUUGAGAACGUCAAGACGGCCUUGUUUGUGCCGGGAACCUCCGCCAACAAGGCUCUUCAUGACAUUGCAGUGGACCUUUCCUCUCUUAAGAAACCAGAUAUCAAACGAUUCACCAAGAAGAACGAGGUGCUUCCGUUUGAGGACGCUUCGAAACUCGAGUUUUUUAGUGAGAAGAACGACGCCUCGCUGAUUGUUCUUAUGAGCAGCAACAAGAAACGGCCAAACAACCUCACUUUUGUGCGCACAUUCAACUUCAAAAUCUACGAUAUGGUGGAGCUUUUGGUGCUGAACAACUUCAAGCUGUUCCAAGACUUCAAGAAAGUCACUUUCCAAGUUGGUCUCAAGCCGAUGUUUGUGUUCAACGGUCCGAUUUUCGACUCCCACCCUCUCUUCAAGCAAAUUAAGUCUCUGUUCUUGGACUUCUUCAGAGGUGAGGUCACCAAGUUGCAGGACGUGUCUGGUCUGCAACACGUUAUCUCUGUUUCUGCCAUUGAGGAAGAUGACCACGACGAGUCCAGCAUGUCGAAACUGCCAUUGGUCCAUUUCCGUGUCUACAAACUGAAAACAUAUAAAUCCACAGAGCCAAAGCUACCAAGAGUCGAACUCGAGGAAAUCGGUCCUAGACUCGACUUCAAGAUCGGAAGACACACCUACGCCGACCCAGAAAUGGAGAAGGAGGCAUUCAUGGUGCCUAAGCAGUUACAGACCAAGCAGAAGAAGAACGUCGACUUGGACAGCAUGGGUGAUAAGAUCGCUAAGGUUCACGUUGGUACUCAAGACUUGAGCAAGUUGCAAACUAGAAAGAUGAAGGGAUUAAAGAGUAAAUACGACCAAGUGAGUGACAGUGAGGAGGACGUGUCUGGCUCCGACGAGGAAGAGUCGGAACUGGAAAUUGAACAAUUCGAUGACGACGAACCAGAAACCAAGAAAAGAAAGGUCUGA